GCAGCAGCUCAGAGGCAAUGUUCACUUGCCAGCACAACGGGAGUUAUUUCCACCCCACUAUGGACAUUUACUACUUAUAGCCUCCAGUUAAAAGUCAGAUAAUCAUGGCUAUUUUUCAGGUCUCUAGGUUCUUGUGGUCACUGGGUGCAGUUUUAGUGAUUUUACCCCACUUAAAUAUCGGAUUAUUGUCUGACUACAAGAUCUGCGGAGACUCUGAGUGUCAAAGCCUCCUAAGCAGAGUGCAGGCUAUAAGGGACCACCGUGGUAAGGACUGUCGUUUCCUGAGCUUCAGGCAAGGAGACACAAUCUUUGUUUACCACAAAUUGACUGGAAAGAGGAAUGACCUGUGGGCAGGCAGUAUUGACAAAGAGUUUGGAUAUUUUCCAAAGGAUGCAGUGCAAGAAGAAGAGGUUCAUACUACUGUGGAGAAAGUAGUGGAAACACAGAAAUCUGAUUUCUUCUGCAUGAAUGAGUUUGGCUCCACUUAUCUGGAUAUGGAUGAUGAUGAUGAUUAUAUUGAUCAGAAAAUCCAAAUCCCGGAGCCAGAAACCACACAAAAAAUUACCCAAAGCACUGAUGACACGAACACUGAAAGCCACUUAACAACCUCAGACUCCCCAGUUUCUGCACAGGAAGAAGAAGAACAAGAAGAAGAGGACCAGAAUAAAAAUGUUGGUGGUUCCGGAGCUGGGUUUCGAGAGGAGACACAUGAGAUUCCUGUGGUUCCUAAUCAACAAGGUGGGUCUCCCUCCUCUUCCUGGCUUGGUUCUUCAGUGACAGGAUGGUUAGGUCUGGGUAAAGAGGACCAACCGGACAGUGUGGCUGAAGGGGAGAUAGAAGAUAAGAGGGAAGACACUCAGUCUGAAACGCUCACAUCCUCUGUGACAGGAUGGCUAGGCUUCGGAGGAAAUGGAAAACCUGACAAUGGCAAAGAAAGUGUGAAAGUUAAAGAAGAAACUGCUGAAUCGUUAACUUCAACCAUGACUGGGUGGCUCAGCUUUGGAGGUGGAAGCAAAAGUGAGACAGAAGAGGAACAAGAAGCAGAUGAAGACAAAGAACCCACAGAGAAAUUCAGGAGCAGGAGGUUGUCCUUGGACCUUGAAGGCAGCCAGUUGCAGGAAGAGGAGAAGAAAGAGAUGGAGACUUUAGGUUGGCUGGGGAAUGGGCUGUCAAGCACACUGGGGUUUGGUUUGACCAGUCAGGAGUCAGGACAAGAGAAGGAGGAGAAGGUGCAGGCUAAUUCUUGGUUAAACAUGGAGAUUGAAGGUAUUCUAGGUUUCAGGAAAGAUAAAGUUGGAGAUAAUGAAAACAAAGAAAGUGAAUCUAAGGAGGCAGAAAUAAUCACAACUUUAGAGCAACCAACAGGAUCACAGAAUGUGGAUCACAGUGAAUCAGAGGAGGAAAUUAUUAAGACAAGCAAUAAUUCAAAGGAGGUGGAAGAACUGUCAGAAGACCAAAAUACCCCGUCUACAGAACCACUUAAUGGUCAGAGUGUUGAUAGCAACACAGAUAUUUCAGACAGUGGGAUAAACAGCGAUUUCGAUGAAGAGGCUGAACCCACAGUUGAUAACAAAGAUAUUUCUCCUGAAAGGAAGUUUGAAGAAGAAUCUCAGGCUUUAGUAGAAUCACCCCCCAGUAAAGAUGACGAUGACAAUAUAGAAAAAAGCAAAAUAAAUGAGGAGAGAUCUGAAGAAAGGGAAGACGCUGUG